AUGAACCCCUCCAUUCCACCUUCAGCUGCUGAAUAUGGCGGAGACGAGGUGUCCGCCAUUGUUUUAGACCCGGGUUACUCGACCACGCGCGCUGGUUUCGCCGGCGAAGACACGCCCAAAUCGCUUGUUCCGACCUACUACGGCAAAUACUCUGGAGAGUCGGAAAAGUUUCUUUUUGGCGAUGAUAUCUUUGUGACUCCUCGCCCGGGGCUUUCAAUUCAUAACCCGGUCGGCCGCGAUGGUAUCGUGGAGGACUGGGACAUGGCUCAGAGACUCUGGGAGUACUCUUUCAAAUCCCGCUUGACGGGACAGAAGCCUGGAAACCCAAUGCUGAAUGGUCUGAACGAUGUACCAGAGGGUGAAUUGCCUGCCGAUAUGGAGGGCGUUGAAACAGAAGAGAAGCCCUUGGCCGACAGCCCUCUUUUGAUGACAGAAUGCGGCUGGAACCCUGCAAAAGCGCGUGAGAAAACCGUUGAGAUUGCCAUGGAGAACUGGGGGACACCUGCAUAUUACUUGGCCAAGAGUGGAGUCCUUGUAGCAUUCGCAUCUGGGAAAGCUUCAGCACUGGUUAUCGAUAUCGGCGCUUCCAAUAUUUCCAUCACCCCCGUUCACGAUGGAAUGGUGUUGAAGCGUGGCGUUCAGCACUCGCCCCUGGGAGGUGACUACAUUUCAUCGCAAAUCCGGGCUUCUUUCAAGUCCAAUUCACCACAGCCCAUCACGAUCACUCCGCACUACCUGAUCUCUUCGAAAACGGCCGUCGAGCCUGGCCAACGUCCCCAGGCGACUUACAAGACUUUCGAUCCAGAAAAGGCUCCCGACGCGUCAUACAGAAGGCUGCUGGAGGAACGAACCCUGACCGAGUUCAAGGAGAGCGUUGUACAAGUCUGGCCUGGCCCGGGACGACUAUCUUCCCUAGGUCCCAACGGCGUGCCCAACGAAGAAGUGGCCAAAAGCAGCGGGCGAGCCUUCGAGUUCCCCGAUGGCUACAACCAGACAUUUGGCGUGGACCGCUACCGCGUCAUCGAAUCUCUCUUCGACUCCAAAGCGCACAUCGCCGACCCAGACUCCGAGUUCCAAGCGCCAACACCCGCGCAGACCAUCCCAGAAAUGAUCAAGGCCUCCCUCAGCGCCGUCGAUGUCGACAUUCGCCCGCAUCUGCUGCAAAACGUCGUCGUCACCGGCGCAUCCAGUCUGAUCUUCGGCUUCAACGACAGACUGAACCAGGAGCUAAUGCAAAUGUUCCCGAGCCCGCGUGUGCGCAUAUCCGCGCCUGGAAACACAGCCGAGCGCCGCUUUGGCUCGUGGAUUGGAGGUAGUAUUCUGGCGAGUUUGGGCACGUUUCAUCAAAUGUGGAUUUCAAAGAAGGAGUAUGAUGAGCAUGGUCCUAACAUUGUUGAGAAGCGGUGCAAGUAA